AUGCAUCUUCCACGAGUAGCAACGAGUCUGGCUAGUCUCCUGGGAGCCAGCAAGCCAGUUCUCACCCCCAGACAGUUCGAACCAGACUCCAGCGUCUACAUAGAUGCCGACACAGGCCUGACCUUCGCCUCUUACACCAGCGACCGCAGCAUCAUCUUCCGCGUCGCCAUACCCGACAUCAUUCCCGCCGACCUCAUUUACGACACCGUCCUCCAGAUCGUCGCCCCCAUCGACGUCGGCUGGGCCGGCUUUGCUUGGGGCGGCCACAUGACUUACAACCCGCUCGGUAUCGCCUGGGCGAACGACAAGGAAGUCGUCCUCUCUCCAAGAAUUGCUUACGGCUACUACUCCCCGCCCGCCUACACCGACUCGCACUACACCGUCCUGAAAAAGGGCACGCACGUCAACGCGACGCAUUUCCAGGUCACGGCCAAGUGCACCGGCUGCUCGUCCUGGGGAGAUGAGUCCACGGGUAUCAGCAACAUUGACCCGGAGUACCAGACCACGCUGGCGUAUGCGUACGGGAACACCAAGGUCGAUAUACCGGCGGACGUACAGUCUACGUUUGGCAUUCAUGAUAGUUUGGGACACCCGAUUUAUGAUUUGGCGGUGGCGAAGAAUGCGGCCUUUGCGAAGAAGGUGGCUGCGCUGGUUGCGGGUGAGGAGACUUGA